AAUUCUCCUUGAUUGUUUAGUCAAUCUGCUUAAUUUGAGAACCUCACAAGAAUCAUCUUAUAUUCAAACUAGCUAAAUAAUAUAACCCCAAAAAGUUCUACACGAUAAAGAGCUUAGGGGAUCAAUAUCAACACACAUAUAUACGAUGGCCAACCAAUUCUUCCUCGUCUCCUUUUUCGUACUUCUCGCUGUCGUUAAUGGAAUCUCAGCAGCUGAUUCUGGAAAGUCUCAACCGCCAUCUUCAUCAAAGACCCUUGCUGACAACAAAGCAACAACAGAUAUCUCUACAAAGAACUUGAUAGAUAGUCUUGGUCCAUCUCAAGAUUAUCCGGAUUACGAAAUCCCCUUAGAACUUGCACCAGACGGUGUCACAGUAGUGGGGGAUUACGUUCCCAUUAGUACCGACGAAAGCAGAAAAAGUAUUACCGAUACGCUUGCACAACCUGAAUCGGAUCAGGAGGAUGGCGAAAGGUCGAGCUCCGACUCUAGAUCUUCUUCAACCGUUUUGGCUGUUGUUGUUGCGGUGGGAGGAGCCAGCUUAUUUUUCUUUUGAAACGG